UUGAAAAUGUCCCAGGUAUAUCAGAAAGCAGACCCCUCCUUUUUCAGUGAUAUGUCAAAAUCUAAAAACUUUAUCUCAUAUCCUCAGUCUGUGUACCCGUGUUCUAAGUUCAACAAACCACUAAAUUCAGACACUCAGAGCAAUGUUUUUAGAUCAGACGAUGACAGUUCAAACGACAAUUCAUUGGAAGAAAUGGACGCUGUGAAACGGUUCUGCAAUCUGAGUAAAACUGACGGGUCAGAUGAAAGUGAACAGAAUUUUGUAAUUAAUAAUGAUGAUGUUGUAAAUAAUGCUUUGCCGAAUGUAGAUAAUAUUGUUGAUGUAACGAACGGUAAUUUGGCUGUUCACAGCGAGGAUGCUAAUAAAGACACGAUCAGCAACAGUUCAGAAAAUGUUUCUAAUAAAACAAAUUCUUCAAGUGAUAUUUUGUCAGAAAAUGUGUCGGAAGACACAGUACCGAAUAUCAGUGGAGAAAAUUCAACUUUAAGCCAAGAAAAGAACAUCAGUACCUGCGAUCAGACUAGAGAAAUAUCCAAUGCUUCUCCGUCAACAAUUCCAGAUCAACAAUCAUUGGAAGGAGAAUCUCCUAAAAACAAAAAUCAUACACAAGACAGUGAACCUUCAACAACGAUAAAAGAGCACCGUCAAAAUGGCAAUGCGUCCACCGGCAGUAAAGAGACCGACAUUGAAAUUCACACUUCUAGCGGCAGCACUUCGCCAGAAAAGCUGAACUCAAAUUCCCCACCACAGAGCAAUCGACCAACGCGUCAGAGACCGCCAUCUUUAAAGCUAAUCGAGGCUGCUUGGGGCGGCAGAAGUUGGGUCGACCCUGCUGUUACGGAUUUUUGUGGGAAAAGAGAAGUACUACCAAAGAGAGAAUCUCUCCAAGAUAUAGAUUCCCUACCUUCACUGGUUUCAGCUGGUGACAUGUUGAGUAUUACUCUCGCCCAACGACCUAACUUAAUUGUACCUCCCUCUCUCAUACUCGGUUUAAAGACAACAACCACUGAGUUUCAAGCCACCCCUACCAUCAAGAACGGAGAUACGAGCCCGUGGCCGAUCUUGGGAGAAGGUUGGGUUAAAAAAGAAGUUAUGAGAAGAAACGGUUUGAGUGCCGGUAGAUAUGACAUCUAUUACAUUAGUCCUGGUGGAGUAAAGGUUCGGUCCAAGCCUGAACUUCAGCUGCUUGUCGGGGACUCCCUGGAUCUGUCUAACUUUAACUUCAGACUUGGAGAAUUCCUACCUACAUUGAAUGGCAGACCUAACCCCAAGCGCAAAAAGAAAUCUGGAACACUGCCUGAUAUGCCGGACCUUGUAGUUGUCGAGGAAAAAGAAACACCUGCAUCAAUGAUAACAACACAACCUCGCUUAGACGUCGGAAGGCGGCCUAACCUCACCACGUCAUCACCAAAUCUAGUGACGUCACCACCAAGCCUAGUGGCGUCAUCGCUAAGUCCCAUGACGUCAUCAGACGAGCGGGCCUGGGAGGAUCUGGGAAUCGGGGAGUACAAGGAGAAGCUUGUGAGAUGUAAGAAGUGUGAGAACUGCGUGCGGGAGAAUUGUGGGAAAUGUGCCCACUGCAAGGACAUGAGACAGUUUGGGGGGACUAACAGUCGGCGCCAGAGCUGCGUGCUGCGCAAGUGUAACCAGAGUAUAAAAGUAAAGAUUUCAGUUAAGGGGAAACGACUACGGGAGACGCCUCCAAGUUCCUCCAACAAAAGGCCCAGAAUGUUCCAUUCUGUGGAGAGUUUGCAGACACCCAGCCUGGAGACGAGACAACCUGAGUUGCCAGCCAGACAGGCUCAAAUUCCUUGCACUGCAACUGGCCUUCAGAAAUACAUUAACUUAUCUCUGGUACCGCAAGACUUUAAUCUCCCGGCUAGUUUAGAGUUAUCAGUAAAGAUAGCAGACAAAACUCACUGCUGUCCUUUGCUCUGGAUAGACGACCUUUUCCACUCGCAAACUAUUCACCACUUCGACAAGAAUGUCAGGAAUGCGACCACGAUCCCACCUCCGCCGGUACAGUGGCCGAGUCUUUUGACGAACUUUUACAACUUCACAUUUCAGUUCACAGUGACUCUGAACGACGUUCAAUUUCAGUUUAACGUGGUCGAGAAAGUCAAGGUUCAAACGAAGAAAGUUUCACAGUAUGUUAGAGUUUACGGGUCUCAUGUCAGAGAUAUUUCAGUUGAUUGCGACUUUUAUCAGUUCCUGGAAUUUAUUGAGCUAUAUCAUUAUUUACCUGAUCAUCCGAAAAAUGUUGCCGAAUCAAACUGUCAGCCGAAGAAUAUGGACGAUGAAAUGAAGAAUAUAUGCGAUAAACUCACGAAUUUGAUUACCAGUAAUCCAAGAAUAGAUGAGGGAUUACGUAAACUGUUAAUCAAGUACUUGAAAAGUUCAGAUUUGUGUACAUUUAUUUUGGCGGUAGUAAACUCAAACGCUGUACCGUCGGAAUUUGAGGCGGCUGUAGUUGAGAUAUUACGGCAAGAUCUCAAUCUCCAGGACAUUUCAAAUCUAACAGACCUUACUGGACUCUCCUUAUCCGGGCAGCAGCCGGAGGUAGCUGCUGUCGAAACUGUUCCAGGAAAUUCAACUGUUGAAGUACCUGUUGAAAAAUUAGAUAUCAAUAAAACUUUGUCGAGUCUAGUUCCCGAUGACUCCCCUAUAAACGAGAAGGUCAGGAACUUUAUUCUAAACGACCCGUUAAAAGUAAUUGAAAUGAUAAACGAACUUCAGAAGAAUCCCAGUGGGAAACCGUUGAAUUUUGAAACAUUGUCCAAAAUGAUACUCGAGAUCAGGAAACCUAAGGAACCUGAAGUAGUACACAUAAAAACAGAGCGAAUUGAGCAGGCGAGUCCUCCCCGAGCAUUGCUAGUACCUCCAGUUCAGACAAUCAUACCGCCAGUAGAGGUGCCCGGUAGAUCUCACCAUGUGCCAAUGAUACGGCAAACCGUGCCAUAUCCUCAUCCUACCCCGCCGGCUCAGUUCAUACCACGUACCAAGCGACCCACUCCGCCUGGAUAUAACCCACGGUAUUACACUCCCCAUCUCAGUCCCCAACACCAACAGCGCUACGGACGUCCUCCGCUGCGCCGGGCUGCGCCCAACCUAGGAGCAAUUCAGCACAUUGCAGCACCUGUAAUACCCGCUCCCAAGACUGGACCGCGAAUGAAGGAUAUCAGGAAAAUAGCCCCUCCAGCAGUAUUCGUUAACAAAGGAGUCCAAGUGAAGCCAACUCAACGGACUGUUCAGCAGCAAGUUUCUCUUAAACCAGUACCUAAAUCACGAGCUAAAAGAGAAAAGUUUGUAGACUUAGACUUUUGCCCUCAUGUCUAAUGAGCAUGUCUAAUGUCUAUAGUCUUGUCGUGCUAUUUGCUUAAUUAUGCUUCACAAGCUUUGUGUGACUCUAAUAUUGUUGCUUAGAAAUGAACCAGUAUUGUUAGGUCCAAAGUUAAAGUUGUUUUUCCGUCCAAGACUUUUGUCCUUGAAUUUGAAUUUUCUUAACGUGAUUAUUAAUUUGAACACACAAUCUAUCUUAUAACUUAUAUGCUUAAUAAUAAUUGAAAUGAUUAUCGUAUUUGAUUUAUAAAAUUGUCUAUGUAUUACAAGGAUAUUUUAUUUUAUUUUGCAACAAACGAUAAAAUUUGUGUCGUUAACUCCAGUCUCCAAUGAGGAGGACAUGUUCUAGCAAAAUUGUAAGAAUGUCGCCCCGGUUUAUUUCCCAGAAUUGUAAGCAAAUGUCGCCUCGCGUGCAGAAGGUCCGAGUUCGAAUUAGGUCUCGAGCACUAUUUUUCAUCCGAACUGUAACAAUGUAUUGCAGAAAUCUAAUUACUCAAACAUGAUCCAUGUCGGUAAAUUGCUUGCCUGGACUGUGAAAGUUUAUCUGUUCAACAUUUGAUUGCAGAUGAGAGGUGUUCUUGCGAAAUUGUAACAUUUGCGCAUGGACCUAACUUUGCGCCAUUUUGUAUCUGAACUGGGGCAACAUUCGCUUGCAAUUCUGAGACGAAAACAUCUACUGCCAAUGAGGUGAAACGGUCUACUUAGCGCUGUGAAAGGAACACGCAGAGACGUAUUUAAUAUUAAAAGUACGAUAUUUCAAAAUUUUAGCACGCGUAAUUUAAUUAUUGUGCGCGCGUUGUGUUGUUGAUCUAUUCGACCCGGCUGGCCCGGCCGCACUAUUCUGCAAUCGGACAUAAUAUCGUAAUUUGAAAAACAUUAUUUCUGUCCUC